GUAAACGUACUGCGUUUACUUGUAGUUUCCCUCCUGACCGAGUGGGGGCGACAACCGUGGCUCUGAAUGACGUUAAGUUCCCGUUUGCGUAUUGCGACUAAGGGCGACGCCGCGCGUAACGUCUGGUUUCCAAACAACGUGGAUGGGUCAAAGCCGCUGCGCGCUAGCAGUGACAUCAUUUACAGAUCUGCGGCGUUUUCCGGGACCGUUCCGUCCCGUCCUCUGCGGCAGCAUGCCGCGCUAAUAAUUUAUAAAGAUCACCGUGAGAUGGGCUUUGCGCCGCGUCCGUCAGUAAGCGCCGCUUCAAUGCGGAAGAGAGCGCAGUGUGUGCGCCUCGAUCGAUAAAGUCCGCUAAGUUGUCAUUCUUAUUUGCUUAGCUAUUGUUGACGAGUCUAAAGUUCAUCAAUGCAGUCUUGUCUAUUGAAAAGGAGCUGACGGGCCGUUUGAACGGCAUCGUACCCAAAGGCGGUCCCUCACUUCGCUUAGGAUGAACCAUGGAAAACGCGGAGCACUGACUGACGAUGGCCAGGCUUAGGCGUAAAUACUGCAUCAUAUUAAUUGCUGUGCUGUUGCUCGCACUGGUCGUCACCGUGGUCUUGAAGGCGCUCGCACCAGAAGACGCUGUGAUGAGCGUAGACGGAGGCGACGAGGUGAUCCCGAAGCGCAACACCGACGACAACAAACCUGAACAAGCCAAAAUGUCACAACAAAACCUACCGAAGUCAGAGAAGGACGCACAGCUGGAGGCUGUGCUGAAGAGGCUUCCUCCUCCAAACUACUACGUCCACGCGUUCUACUACACGUGGUACGGAAACCCCAAGUUUGAUGGAAAAUACAUCCAUUGGGACCACCCGCAGCUGCCGCACUGGGACAUGAAGGUGGCGCAGGGGUAUCCACAAGGAAGACACAAGCCGCCCGACGACAUUGGAGCCAACUUUUAUCCCUCUUUAGGGGCUUAUAGUUCCAAGGAUCCCUCCAUCAUUGAAGCUCAUAUGCAGCAGUUACGCACGGCGGCUAUCGGAGUCGUCGCCGUUUCCUGGUAUCCCCCGAAUCUGAAGGAUGAGAACGGUGAACCAACAGAUGAUAUUGUGCCGUUGCUGCUGGAAGUGGCACAGAAAUACCACGUAAAGGUUGCUUUUCACAUCGAGCCAUACAAAGACAGAGACGAAGUCAACAUGCUCUCGAAUGUCAAGUACAUAAUUGAUAAAUACGGAGACCACCCUGCGUUCUUCAGGUACCAGACGAACAACGGCAAGCUCCUUCCGCUCUUCUACGUGUACGACUCGUAUCUGAUGAACUCGGAGCAGUGGGCCAAGCUGCUCCGACACACAGAGAGCAGCAGCGUCAGGGACACCCCGUACGACGCCAUCUUCAUCGCCCUGCUGGUGGAGGAGAAGCAUAAGAGGGACAUCCUCACAGCAGGCUUCGACGGCGUCUACACGUACUUUGCCACUAAUGGGUUCUCCUAUGGAUCCACUCAGCGGAACUGGAACGCCAUAAAAACGUUUUGCGACGAUAACAACCUCUUAUUCAUUCCAAGCGCCGGCCCCGGGUAUAUUGACACAAGCGUCCGGCCCUGGAACUUCCAAAACACUCGCAACCGCAUCAACGGCAAAUACUAUGAAACGUCACUAAGUGCUGCGUUGGAAGCCAGGCCCGAUUUCAUCUCCAUAACGUCCUUUAAUGAAUGGCACGAGGGCACUCAGAUCGAAAUGGCCAUUCCCAAAACGAGCCAGGCUGCAUAUCUGGACUACCUGCCCAAUAAACCCACAAUCUACCUGGAGAUAACGCAAAAAUGGGCUGCGGCCUUUGGUGACGAGCGACGUAAAUGGCAGAAGUGACCCGAAGGGGUCAUACUGUAAGAAUUGUUCAUCCAGUAGAUGACAAUAACAUGCAAAAUGAAACACAACUGCAGCUAAUGAAUAAUUACACUAGAGAAGCCAAAUGAGUUGCUUCAUUAUCUUUACUUUGGCUCUAAUGAUUUGAAUAGCUUUUUUCCCCCACUUGAAUGAGUUUUGCUUAAUUGAGCUGACGUCUUAUUACACCUUGUUCACACGGCCCGGCACAUCUGGUGCUUCUCCACAUAACAAGCAUGUUUAAUCAGACUCCAGAGCAGCCGGCUGAAACUGUGCACUUUCUGUAAUCUGUGUCUAUAUUAAACCUGCGUGGAAAUGAAUAAAAGUGGAGAGGAGCGGA